AUGCAAUUCUCUACUGUCGCUACCGUUGCCGCCGUCGCCGCCGUUGCCUCUGCUUCCAACACUACCACCGUUACCCAAAACUCUACCACUUUGGUCACCAUCACCUCUUGUGAGGAAAACGUGUGCUCUGAGUCCGUCUCCCCAGCUUUGGUCUCUACCGCCACUGUCACCAUCGAUGACGUCAUCACCGAGUACACCACCUGGUGCCCAUUGACCACCACCGCUGCUCCAGAGAAGACCAACGCCACCUCCGCUCUACCAACCUCUGCCACCGUCACCACCUACACUGGUGCCGCUGUCAAGGCUUUGCCAGCUGCUGGUGCUUUGGUCGCCGGUGCCGCCGCUUUGUUGUUGUAA